CCCGCACCUCACGCCUCGCGCCCCUGACCGUCCGCGCAGCAUUAUUCCCUACCCGUGUUCCCACCGUCGCCAGGCACGUCGUCCGUGAUCGGCACGCGUGCUUCCUCUUGUGUGCAGCGCAGUCCACCAGCCAGCGUGGGGAACUAGCGAGCCGGGCAGCCGUUGGCGUGGUCAUCCUCAGCCCUACGAAGCACUCCGUCUCACCCAUAACCCCGCCGGCGCGGCACGAAUCUUUCGUCACCUCGUCCGUCAGCCGCACGCCAGCCAGCACACGACCUGCCAGCACUUCACCUCCGCCCUCGCCGCACCUGCUCCCCGCAAUUCCUGCCUGAGCACCUGAAGCCCGCCACCGCCGGAGCUACCUUGGACCCGCCGUCUACGCGCACGUCGGCCGCCAUGUCUGGAUAUCCGGGACAGCAGUACCACAACAACUACGGCCCGCCGCCGCCGCAGCAGCAGCAGCAGUACUAUGGCGGGCCCCCACAGCAGGGCUACGGCGCUCCGCCGCCCCAGCAGGGCUACGGACAGCCGCAGUACAACGGCUACCAGUCGACGCCGCCGCCGCAGCAGUACGGCUACCAGCAGCCGCCACCCCAGCAGGGCUACGGCCAGUACGGCCAGCAGGUCCCGCAGCAGGGGCCUCCCGCGCACCAGCAGCGCCCCGGCAUGAUGCCUACGGCGACGAGCAACCAGUGGACGCACGGCAACCACCAGGGGCCGCCGCCUCCGCCCUCGGGCGCGCAGAACUUCGGCCAUGGCGCGCCCAACGGCUACUCGUUCCAGUACUCUGCCUGCAACGGGCGGCGGAAGGCGCUGCUGAUUGGCAUCAACUACUUUGGCCAGCGCGGCCAGCUCCGCGGCUGCAUCAACGACGUCAAGAACAUGAGCACGUACCUGAACGAGUUCUUUGGCUACAAGAGGGAGGACAUGGUCACGCUCACAGACGACCAGCAGAACCCCAUGAGCCAGCCGACAAAAGCAAACAUCCUGCGCGCCAUGCACUGGCUGGUCAAGGACGCACGGCCAAACGACUCGCUGUUCUUCCACUACUCAGGCCACGGCGGCCAGACCAAGGAUCUCGAUGGCGACGAAGACGAUGGCUACGACGAAGUCAUCUACCCCGUCGACUUCCGCACCGCCGGCCACAUUGUUGACGACGAGAUGCACCGCAUCAUGGUCGGCUCCCUCCAGCCUGGCGUCCGCCUUACCGCCAUCUUUGACUCGUGCCACUCCGGCUCGGCACUCGACCUGCCAUACAUCUACUCCACGCAAGGUGUUCUCAAGGAGCCCAAUCUGGCCAAGGAAGCUGGCCAGGGCCUGCUCGGCAUCGUCUCAUCUUACGCACGCAACGAUAUCGGCGGCAUGCUGUCCACGGCGUCGUCGCUCUUCAAGAAGGUCACAUCAGGCGACGACGUGUACAAGAAGAAUCUGCGCACCAAGACCUCGCCUGCCGACGUCAUCAUGUGGUCCGGAUCCAAGGACACGCAGACGUCGGCCGACGCGUCCAUUGGCGGCGAAGCUACCGGCGCCAUGUCGUGGGCCUUCAUCACGUCGCUGCGCAAGAACCCCAACCAGAGCUACGUGCAGCUGCUCAACAGCAUCCGCGAGGAGCUCGAGGGCAAGUAUCAGCAGAAACCGCAGUUGAGCUGCAGUCACCCGUUGAACACGGAUCUUUUGUAUGUGAUGUAGAGCGAAAAGUCGGUGCUGGUGUUGAUAUUGGGAUUUGGCGCACAUGCUUGGCUUCUUGUAGAUACAGAUACCAUUGAAGUUGGGGAGGGGUAAUGUGGCAACGCAAUCGGCGUUUCUGGCAGUCUCAUGAGUCUUGUCUGGGUCGCAUUGGAGACACCCGAGCGGGUGCAUGCAUUGGAAUAACUAAGCGGGUAAAAUGAUAUCUUUCAACUCACAA